GAAUAAAUUAUCGGCUAAAGAAAACAUUGGAGUGAUUCAGUCGUAGACGAAAUAGAAAAACAACUCGAAAACGUAGACAGUAAAACGCGAAAGUGAGGAUCUCUACGAGUUUAUUUGUCUACUUAUUCUAAACGAUCAAGUAUAAAAUCGUUUUCUUUGACAUAACGUUCGUAAUGGCUUUUCUAUCACGGAAAACUGUUUGGCACUCAUAACUAAAUCCGAAAACCGAAUACACCUGCUUUUUCGAAAUUAGCUCUCAGUGUCCUCAGACACGUGAUUUGUUCAGUUAUGUUAAUCACAGAAGACGCCAAAUUGAGUGCACUGCAGGAGAGAAAGCCACUACAAGGCAUACGCGCCACUGCUACAUGGUGCAGUCGAAAUCACGACCAAGUCACAUGAAAUGGCAUCUUUACACCAUGCAAUCAUACAAAGGCGAUGGCGACAGGCUAGACUGCUGGUGGAAGUCGGAGCCGACGUGAACAGGCAAGGAGAUGAGGGAAGAACUCCUCUAAUGGAGUUAUGCUUCGUUGACAACGAGGACAAAGCAUGCUCGAUGGCCAAACUGUUGCUUGAGAACGGUGGAAAUGUCGGAAUCAAAGAUAAACAAGGAAAAACAGCUCUCUCUUAUGCUUGUAUUUUAAAAAAGAAGAAACUUCUGAAAUGGUUAACUCGAUUUGUUGAUUAUGACUUAAAUUCAACGGAUUUGGAUGGAAAUACGGCAUUGAAUUAUGCUAUUUUGGCGGGAGACGAAACGGUUGUCAUGGAACUCGUCAGGAAACUGAAAGCGUACGGACUAACCGUUGAUACUAUCAAUAGGAAAGGAGAAACACCAUUAAUUAAUGCUCUGAAAUCCGAAAGGACUGAUAUUGCAGAUAUAUUAUUAGAGAUAGGAAAAGCUUCUUUGCAAGUAUGGGACAGUGAGACUGGUAAAACAGCGUCCGAGCUUAGAAAAGACAUAAUAAAAAGACGAAAACGACGUCCGUUUUCAAUACCAUCGGCAUUUUUACGAGAAGUCGGAGAUGUUCGUCCGAAAAGAGGAAAUAAAGAAAAGAAAAAUAAAGUCAAAAGCGCAAAUACAAAAAGGGUUGUUCUUCCCCAAGUCCUAACGCCGUACAAUCGACCAGUUACGGCUCCAGACAGAAUUGAUGUCCCAAGCUUUUUUCAGCCAUUUCCUCCCAUUUGGGAAGACUUAUCGAAACUGUUUAUCAUCUAUAACCAACAAAGCUCAGAUUUAUAUCGCAAAGGUUACAAGUCUGUUAGAUAUGUGCAUGUUGAACCAAUAAUUACAGAGGACGAAAUUGUUGAGGAAGACGAUACGGCGUCUUUGCCUGAAAAUGCGAAAGGUUUAAAUGAAUUAAACAUUAAAAUGAGAGGCCUUUGCAGGGCAGCAGGAAACAAAAAGAAAAUAAUGAGUAUGCUUGCGAACCGCGGAAAAACAGAUUCAGAAGAAUCGGGAAGAUUGUCAAGCUUGUCUGCGACAGGGCGAGGAAGUAAAUUAGCUGGAAAAUUAAGAGCAAAAAGUCCCGCUGUUCAGGCUUUUGCAAGUCUGAGUAAAGAUUUGAGUAAAAAGAAAACCAAAGAAAACACUUCAGCAGAAUAACAGAACUCAGUUGGCUACUUCAACUUGUUAAGUAUACCAAAUGACGUUCACCUAAUUGUGCUGUGUUUUACACCUCGAAAGUUCCUCGGAAUUGAAGAGGAGACAUAAAUGGUAUAUUUUAGUCUGGUCAAAAAAUAAAUAAAAAGACAUGUGAAGAAGUCAUUACAAUUUUUAGCUGACAAUUAAUGUCAUAAAAAUGAUUUUAAAUUUAAGAGCUAAUCUCUAACGCUUCCUAUGGAAAUCAUUCAAAAUAUUGUCUUCUACGAGGCAUGAAGGCGCCCAAAUUCAUGACAUUGUUUUUAACCUGCCAAACAGGUUAUAGGAAAAUCUGGAAGUAAUUGAAAUAGAAAACAAAAUAAUUUAAUUGAAAUUCAAAUUUAUCUUUUUAUAGCAAAUAAUGACAUCUCGUUAGUUUAAUGUGUCAUCGUUUGUGUUUUUUUAAUGUUAAUUAGACAAGCUGAUUAUGUUGUCACUGGGAAACUAACAAACUUAAAUAUAUAAAAAAUCAUUCCAUAUGCGA